GGCUAGCAGUGGCGAAGGCGGCUGUAGCGGCAGCAUGAAGCGGACUCCGACCGCCGAGGAACGAGAGCGCGAAGCUAAGAAACUGAGGCUUCUUGAAGAGCUCGAAGAUACUUGGCUUCCUUAUCUGACCCCCAAGGAUGAUGAAUUCUAUCAGCAGUGGCAGCUGAAAUACCCGAAACUGGUUCUCCGCGAAGCCGGCAGCGUACCUGAGGAGCUCCAUAAGGAGGUGCAAGAAGCCUUCCUUACGCUGCACAAGCAUGGCUGCUUCUUCCGGGACCUGGUCAGGAUCCAAGGCAAGGAUUUGCUCACCCCAGUCUCUCGCAUCCUCAUUGGCAACCCAGGCUGCACCUACAAGUACCUCAACACCAGGCUCUUUACGGUGCCCUGGCCAGUGAAGGGCUCUACUCCGAAAUACGACGAGGCGGGUAUUGCUGCUGCCUGUCAGACCUUCCUCAAGCUCAACGACUACCUGCAGACAGAGACCAGCCAGGCUUUGGAGGAACUCGCCUGCAAAGAGAAAGCUAAUAUCGAUGCCGUGCCGGUGUGUAUAGGUCCAGAUUUCCCCAGGGUCGGGCUGGGGUCCUUUGACGGGCAAGACGAGCUGGACAUUAAGAACAGAGCCGCAUACAACGUCACUCUGUUGAAUUUCAUGGAUCCCCAGAAAAUGCCGUACCUGAAGGAGGAGCCUUAUUUUGGCAUGGGGAAAAUGGCCGUGAGCUGGCAUCACGAUGAAAAUCUGGUGGAACGGUCGGCGGUGGCCGUGUACAGUUAUAGCUGUGAAGGCCCAGAAGAGGAAAGUGAGGAUGACCCUCAGCUCGAAGGCAGAGACCCUGAUACUUGGCAUGUCGGUUUUAAGAUCUCGUGGGACAUAGAGACUCCUGGCUUGGCAAUACCCCUUCACCAAGGAGACUGCUACUUCAUGCUUGAUGAUCUCAAUGCCACCCACCAACACUGUGUUUUGGCUGGUUUACCACCUCGCUUUAGUUCUACCCACCGAGUGGCAGAGUGCUCGACCGGAACCUUGGAUUAUAUCUUAGAGCGCUGCCAGCUGGCUCUGCAGAAUGUCCGUAAUGAGGUGGAUAAUGGUGAUGUUUCUUUGAAAUCCUUCGAGCCUGCAGUUCUGAAACAAGGAGAAGAAAUCCACAACGAGGUCGAGUUCGAGUGGCUGCGACAGUAUUGGUUUCAAGGCAAUCGAUACAGAAAGUGCACUGAUUGGUGGUGUCAACCCAUGACUCAACUGGAAGGACUGUGGAAGAAGAUGGAAGGCGUGACAAAUGCUGUGCUUCAUGAAGUUAGAAGAGAGGGUGUCCCCGUGGAACAAAGGAAUGAAAUCUUGACUGCCAUCCUUGCCUUGCUCACCACACGUCAAAACUUGAGGAGGGAGUGGCAUGCCAGGUGCCAGUCCCGAAUUGCCCGAACCUUACCUGUGGAUCAGAAGCCAGAAUGUCGACCAUAUUGGGAAAAGGAUGAUCCUUCGAUGCCUCUGCCAUUCGAUCUCACAGACAUCGUUUCAGAACUCAGAAGUCUGCUUCUGGAAGGAAAACCCUAGAAGGAGCACAAGUCUUAGGUGGAGGAGGAAAAGAGAUUUUUGGCUUUCUUCCUCCAACCUUGCCGUGGGCUUGGGCAAGGGCAGUAUGGGUAGACCUUGACCUUUAGAUCAUAGAACCUGGGUCCCCUUAGAAGGAGUAGGCAAUGGAGCCCAUGAAUGUUAAAAUGUUUAAAAAUGGCACAGUGUUAUAAUCUGACUUGGUACGAAACAAGAACCUGCCCCCAAAAUACUAUUCCCCACUUGGAUUUUUCAUGGGAGCCAUUCAGCUCCCAAAGGCCAAGGUGGCAGGGGUGGGCCAUCUCUGGCAGAUCCCAGCCUACUUUCCACCUUCCCCAGUCUUUUCAGAAACUCUAGAGUAGAAGACUCUAAAGUCAUCUGAGGGGGAAGACAGAACCUAGAUGCCAUUCCCCCCCAAUUUCUCACCACGCCCUCUAGAGGCUGUGCUGUCCAAUAUGGUAGCCCUUAGCUGGGUGUGGCUUCUUAAAUCCAGUUUCCAUUGUAAUUAAAAAUUCCGUUCCUCAGCUGCUUAAUAAAAGCCACACGUGUCUGGUGACUCGUGUAUUAGGCAACACAGAGCCAGAACAUUUUCAUCAUCGUGGAAAGGCCUGUUGGAUAAUGCUUCUCUAAAAAGUUUGAGAGCAGGAAAUUCUCUUCUCCACUUGUCUGUAGCCACCAUCCCCAUGGCGGGAGGAAUGAAAAGAGAAAUGCGUCACUGGAGAGUGGCCACUGUCCCUUCUGUGAGCCAGACCUACGUAAGAGCCCGAGUUAUGAGUUCUGCACUCUGCCCCCGGGAAUGAGGAGGUGGUGGAAAUUAAAAUACACCUGACAUCUGUCACUGGGAAGUUUCCCUGAGCUAACAAAGGAGAUGCGGCCCUGUUUGCAUUGCUUCACGGAUUUAGCCCGCACAUGCAUUUUUCUAGAAUUCCCUCAUCCAUGUGUAAUGACAGGUGGGAUCGAGGCCCGAGGAGCCCCAGUGCCCCGUCCUGAGGACAUCCGUGCAUCAGAGAGGCGGUGUGUGUGCCCUGGCUUUAAAGUGCCUGGAUCAGAAUGCGCACUGGCUCCGUGACUUUUGGCAUGUCACUGUGCCUCAGUUCCCUUACCCAUAUGACGGGGAUCCUAAAGGCACCAGCUCACAAGGGGAAGAGUAAACGGAAUAACCUAGCUACAGGUGUAGAACGACUUCUGACAGGUGGUUAGCUACCCGAUAGAUGAGUGUUCUUCUGUAUCUGUGAGCUGACCGAGGUAGGCGUCGCCCCCUCCUUCCUCUGCCCUCAUGCUGAUUUUGUCUCGUGACGCUAUUAUCACGUUUCUCCCUUUCUGGCUUGGCUCCUGCCCCGUGGUGACCCCAGAAAUCGCGAGAAUAGUUAGCCCCUCGCCCCAGCCCGGGGCCUUCUCUGGUAGUGGUUUAUCGUCGUUUGGAAGCUGAAAGGCUCUUCUGCCCGCUGAGGGGGGUGCACGGAGAGGCAGACUCUCUCCGGCCAUCAGAAUCCCCCGGGUUCAAGGCGGCGUUCACGUCCACGGAGCUGGCUAACCGCCGAAGGGCCGCCUGACACAGAGCGGCCAGGGCUUCGUGGUCUGGAGCCUCGGUUCUCUUGGACCACGCAUGAAUUCCCUGACGUCCUGAGCCCCGUCGGCGAAGGAGAGAGGGAGUGCGGCCUCACCGGGCUGUCGUGGAGAUGACAAGCUCUCCGGUGAGGUACGGAGCGUGUGACACCGAGAAACCACAGCCCCGGCACCCAGGCCGCGUAGCCUCUGCUGCUAUAUUUAGCGCCCGUGCUUGUUCUGUGUUACGUUUCAUGAGGUGCCCAUAUUUGAGAAUUGGGAGAUUCCCUACAAAGUACAAACGUGUGCAUUCUCCCUAGAAUUCAGAACAUCUGGCAGCGCUCGGCCUCCGUCCUGGCGUGGCAACGAGCUAGGUGGCGUCUUCUCGCUCUGGGGCGGGACGUGAGCCCUCCCUGGCCCCGGGUGCUCCCUAUUAUCAUUUAUCAUCAUCACCCUGACCCUUAGUGGUCAGCACUCUCCAGACCUGCUUGCUUGCACCCCUACGGUAGAAAUAGGUAAUCAUGUUUAGUGCUUUCCCCAAUGUGUGUGUUACUCUUGAGCUCUAUUUGUGGACUCCUUGUAGUAAUAUGUCUUGUACAUCAUAAAACAUUCAUAAACAAUAAAAAUAUUAAAAGGAUAAGAUAAGAAACUGA